UUUGUCGUUAAACCAAUGUCUAUUGAACUCGCCAACCUCUCAAGAGCGCAUUCAUCGAGAACGCGAGCUAAUGGUUCCCAUGCUGGCUAUCCUCCUCCACCAUCUGCCACCGUGAUUAACAAUGCCUCGAUAACGGAUCCAGAAUUCCAGCCUCCUCUGGGCCUGGAUGUCGACAAACAUAACAAAGGAUGGCGGAAGAUAGUUCGAAAUUUUACGCCUUCGUGGUUCACGGUAACGAUGGGAACUGGCAUAGUUUCCAUCCUUCUUUUCAAUCUUCCCUAUAACGGCAUUUGGCUGUAUUGGAUCUCAGUCGGCAUCUUCGGGCUGAAUACCCUCCUAUUCUCCCUCGCGCUAGUUAUAAGUAUAUUGCGAUACACGCUCUAUCCUGAAAUAUGGACGGUUAUGAUCAACGAACCGUUCCAGUCCAUGUUUCUCGGCGCAUUUCCGAUGGCAUUUUCAACGAUUAUUGAUCUGAUGAUAGACAUUUGCACUCCGGCUUGGGGAUCUUGGGUUACUAUUGUUGCAUGGGCUUUUUGGAUUGCUGAUUCGGUCGUUGCAGCGUUAUGUGCGUUGAUCUUGCCAUUUCUUCUAAUGAUACCAGGAAGACAGAUUGAAUUACAAUCGGUGACUGCGGUUUGGUUAUUACCUGUAAUCAGCACCAUAGUAGCGGCAGCUACGGGAUCUAUUGUCGCGGAAGCUCUCCCCGAUCCUCAAAUGGCCCUCUGGACAAUCGUGACGAGCUACAUCCUUUGGGGUAUGGGUAUAUGUCUGGCGGGGAUUAUUCUGGCAACCUAUUUCCAGCGUCUGGCACUGCACAAACUCCCCGCCAAAUCUGUGAUUGUGAGCGUUUGCCUGCCAUUGGGUCCAAUGGGCCAGGGAGCGUUUACAAUUCUAAAUCUCGGUGUACAGGCCAAAAGAGUCUUUGCGAUAACUAACACUCUGCAGCCAUCUACUGGAAAUAUGCUUGAGUCGAUUGGCUUUGUGACUGCGCUCGUUUUGUGGGGGUUUGGACUCGCAUGGCUAUUCGUAGCCAUUGUCUCCCUAAUCCGGUGUAGGCCAUUCCCUUUCACGAUCGGUUGGUGGGCCAGUGUUUUCCCGUUGGGGGUGUAUUCGAAUGCCACAGUAUUACUAUCAAGGGUGAUGCCAUCCAAAUUUUUCAAGGUGCUUGGGACGAUAUUAUCAGUUGCGGUUGUGGUGGUAUGGCUCACUGUUUCUUUCGGCACCAUAAGAGGCAUCAUGACCCAGAAACUAUUUUAUGCACCGUGUCUAAGCGAUUUAAGAGUUAAACCGAAGAAGCAGCGGUUCAAGUUCCAUAUUCCACGGCGCCGGGUGAAGUUUCGGCUUGCAUAAACUGCAAUGCACACCGCUGCAUUUGUAUUUUGAAAUCAUGGAGAAGAAUCAUAAGAGACCCUUUUCGUCAUAGGGACAGCUCUGUUUUGAGAGAAAGAGAUGAGAACAGCCGAUAUAGUCCUAAAAACUUUCCUUCGAGAACAUUCUAGAGUCAUAUCCGGGAUAUUCUGGAGGGGAUUUUAAAGAUGAAAGAUACACCAGACUUUGAAGCUCCGAAAUCAUUUAGUCCUACGGAGCACGACACACAACAGAUGUUUGAACAAAAAUAUUUGUGUGGAUUUCCGGGCCUUGUUUCAUGGGCAUUAUUGUGUGCUUCUCGGCUUUCCUCUUCUUCUGCUUCUCCUAAGUAAUAUGCGACGUCAAAUUUCAGAAGCAUUUCUUUGUUGU